CCCGUGAAGAGCUCACUCUGGGCUUGUCACUCAGGCCAGAAAAGGGGGUCAGGGGUCCCAGAGGGAGACCCCUUCCCUGAUGGGAAGCAGCAGGGAGGUGGGACGGCUCCCUCCCUCUGCACAUCCCCACCACCCCCAGCUCUGGCAGAAUAACAGCCUUGCUGCGGUUGGUUUGUGCAACUCUUUGCUAACCUGUGGCAGUGUCUUCAUGGACAAAGUAUGAGCCCAGGUUUGGUAAUGUCUGCGUGCACGCCACGUUUGUGUUUGGUAACAUGCAGAGAUAAGCAGUUUGUGGCGCUCUGCGAAUCCCUCCCUACCGGAGUGGGCCUUGUGUACACAGUGUGGGGGCGAGGGGCCCUGGGGUGCCUGCCCCUGCACUGGGUGGGCGGGGUGAGGCAGCUGGGCCCCACUCUUAUACAGCCCAGGCUGGAGAGUCGCCUGCAGUCACCUGGCCUCUGGCACCCUGGGGUGAGGCACUGGGCGCUGGCCCCUUAAGGGCCUCUGAUCAGCUAUAUCGGGCCCAGCUGCCUGGGUUCCGGCAGCUUCCGCAGCCCCAGCCGGAGAUGGAAGAUGCAAGAGGUCAUUGCGGGGCUGGAGCGGUUCACCUUCGCCUUCGAGGAGGAUGUCGAGAUGCAGAAGGGCACUGGGCUCCUGCCUUUCCCGGGCAUGGACAAGUCGGCCUCAGCUGUGUGCAACUUCUUCGCUAAAGGGCUCUGUGAGAAAGGGAAACUCUGCCCUUUCCGACAUGACCGAGGGGAGAAGAUGGUGGUGUGUAAGCACUGGCUCCGGGGGCUGUGCAAGAAGGGUGACCACUGCAAGUUCCUGCACCAGUACGACAUCACCAGGAUGCCUGAGUGCUACUUCUACUCCAAGUUCGGUGACUGCAGCAACAAGGAGUGUCCCUUCCUCCAUGUGAAGCCAGCUUUCAAGUCCCAGGACUGUCCUUGGUAUGACCAAGGCUUCUGCAAGGACGGUCCUCUGUGUAAAUACCGCCAUGUCCCCAGAAUAAUGUGUCUCAACUAUUUAGCUGGCUUCUGCCCCGAGGGACCCAAGUGCCGAUUUUCUCACCUUGCUGUAACAGCCUAAAGAGAAACUUUUCCAAAUGCCCGGAACCAGCAACAGAACGCAACAGUCAAACUUCAGCCUCACCUUUCUGUACAGCUCCCAAGAGCCUCAUUAGAGAGAAGUUGGAGGUUGUAAGUCCGGUAGGGGGUUCCAAACUCCUUAUAUGAGUUGAGCUUCUUUCCAACAAAGAAACUAUGGUUCCAAACAGAAGUCACUGUCAUUGUUUACCGAAACGUACCCCCUUCCCCAACAUCCAGUGCCGAAGGAUCCAGGGCUAAACCUCAGGAAAAGCAUAUUCUAAACAGGUGAAUUAAACAUUUCUGCAUUGAACUGCA